UAUGGCACCGAAGAGGACGAGGAGAUUUAUUGUGUCAUCAAAUCGAAAGGAGUGGCCGUUUGUGUCCAUAAGAAGCAAACGGACGCCAAAGAAGCGGACAUUUUGGACGAUAAGCCGAAGUCUAAGUCGAGACAAGGCAUGGAUUUGUCGCUCGACGACAGCGAUGAUGAGGACGACGACGACUAUGAGGACGAGUUGGAAGAGAAGAGCACUUUCGCCAAAGAGGACGAAAACAAACUGAAACUCUGCACUCCGUGUCCAGUCGUGCGGCCAGAGUUCAUCUGCGGCUCAGACAACGCCACGUAUUCAUCCAUAUGUCGCCUCGAUUUCCACAAUUGUGUCCACAAGACGCAGGUUAGCCUCGAGUGCACCGGAUUUUGUCCGUGUCUUCCGAGGAAGAAGAAGGCGAACAACGAGAAGAAGUGGUUUGAAAACAGGAAAACCGGAAAAGACUUCGAGAGUAAGAGCCGAUUCCCGAAGGAGAAGAAGAGUGCGGCGAAUGAGUUGAACAGAUCUGACAAUAAUUUGGAUAAAUAUAAGAAAUCAAAGUUUUCUUUCAAGACAAACAAACCCAAGAAAUGGCAAAAUAUGCAAAACUCUGUUCUGCCGAACAAACACUACGAAUCCUCCAAACAGGAGCACAAGAAGUGCACCGGCGAUGACCUCAAGAGUAUGGGCUCACGACUACUCGAUUGGUUCAGUGUUGUGAUCGGCGAGCAAAAGAAGGACCACUCGAUGCUCAGCCGCAAGCACUCGGCCUUUAAGAUACCCGACUGUCAGCCGGAGGUCUCGUACAUGUUUCACCACUUCGACACCAACUCUGACCUCAAGUUAUCCCUCAAAGAGCUCUACUACUUAGAGCACGACCAGAAUGAGCACUGUUUACAGCCAUACCUCACGCAAUGCGAUGAAGACAACGAUCAGUUUCUCAGUGCUUACGAGUGGUGCACCUGUUUUGACAAAAAGAGUCAGCCCUGUCUGAAUGCAUUAAAACACACCAAAAAGGGACUGUUGGGCGCAUACACUCCACAAUGUGAUAGCCAUGGCUUCUAUAAGUCAAUGCAAUGUCACUCGAGUUCAGGCAUCUGUUGGUGUGUCGACAAGAAUGGCGUCGAGUUCACGAACACCAGACGAAGAGGUUCACCCGAUUGUAAAGGACUGCUGAACAGAGCCCGUCAUCGGACUAUUGAAGACCAGUUGACAUCACGCGAAGACAUCGAUGUGGACGACGAUGGAGACGAUGACGACGACACCGGCGGCUCAGGCGAUGAUCGCAUUAGUGUA